GGCCAGCCCUUGAGCCCGUUCUCCCCCCCGCCCCCACACCUAUGCACACACGCACAUGCACACGCGUUAAGGACGAAAGCUUUUAUUCUGGCAUCAGCUUCUGAGGAUCCUGCCCUUGAAGGCUAAAGGCACAACCUCAUGUCUUUUUACGCAGGAAAAAGGCCCACAGUUGCCAGCAUGCCCCAGCCAGGGAUGCUGGGAGUUGUAAUCCGACGCAUCUGGAGGGCACCAGCUCGAGGAAGGCUAUAUUAAGCAUUAACUCGCUUCAUUAAGGGAGCAGACCUGUGCCUGUCAGAGCUCUCAGCGUGCUCCAGACAGUCUUAGGCCCUUUUUAAACUAACCAUUUGUUGGAUUGCUGCCCUAAAUGGGUUAUUUUAAGAUGUCACAAGACUUCUUGUCGAUUUACCGAAACAUAUUAAUAAGUUACUCCUCUCUGCGAACACAUAUGCACACACCUUACCUUAUCUUGUUUGUCAGCUGCAGAGGGGCAGUGUACUCCUAAAGGUAAAUAGAAGAAGUAUAGACCUGGUUGUUGCUUUUCUCCUAAGAGACCUUUUUCUGAUCUGGGAUUCAACUUCCUUGUUCAAUCAAGAUGAUAACAAUUCUGAACAGUUACAUUGAGGACUUUAAAAAAAAUGUUCGAAAUGAGUUGUGUGCACUAUUAGUGCUGCCUUUAAGGCUAGUUUAUUCAGCUAGCAUACUUCCUUGGCAAAGCUACAUCUAGGUUGUAGGGUAGGUCACCCUCCCCAUUCUAAAUAAGCACUUCCAGUUACUCAGUCUUAUCUAAUGUAUGUGUGUUUGUUUGGUUUUUUAGCUGCACAGAGGUGACUUGUUUGAGGUUUUUCCCUCCCAAGAGCUGCUAAUCAUUAGCCUUUUAAGGAUCUCGAACUGAUAAGAUAAACUGUGCCAGAGGCCAGAUGCCUUGAAUACGACUCUUCUUACCUUUGCUGCGCUGGUUGAUGACAGAAACACUUCUAAAAUGCACCAGAAACUCCUGAAGAGUGCUCAUUAUAUUGAGCUGGGAAGCUAUCAAUACUGGCCUAUUCUUGUACCUCGAGGAAUUCGCUUGUAUACCUAUGAACAAAUUCCAGUAUUCCUAAAGGACAAUCCAUACAUCACAGAUGGCUACAGAGCAUACCUCCCUUCCAGGCUAUGUUUAAAAAGCCUAUUUAUUUUAUCCAAUGAAACAGUCAACAUCUGGAGUCACUUACUGGGCUUCUUCCUUUUCUUCACUUUGGGCAUAUAUGACAUGACUUCUGUGUUGCCUUCAGCGAGUGCCUCUAGGGAAGAUUUUGUCAUCUGUUCUGUUUGUCUCUUCUGCUUUCAGGUCUGUAUGCUUUGCUCAGUAGGGUAUCACCUCUUCUGUUGUCAUCGCUCUGAGAAGACCAGUCGACGGUGGAUGGCGUUGGAUUAUGCAGGAAUUUCCAUUGGUAUCCUGGGCUGUUAUGUGUCUGGAGUCUUUUACGCAUUCUAUUGCAAUAAUUACUGGCGUCAAGUCUACUUGAUCACUGUGCUUGCUCUGAUCCUGGCAGUGUUCUUUGCUCAGAUCCACCCCAGUUACCUCACCCAGCAGUGGCACCGGCUGCGCUCCGUCAUCUUCUGCUCCGUGUCUGGUUAUGGAAUCAUCCCUACCAUGCACUGGGUUUGGCUCAACGGAGGUGUCAGUGCAUCUAUUGUGCAGGAAUUUGCUCCCCGUGUGAUUGUGAUGUACUUGAUAGCUGGCAUAGCAUUUCUCUUUUACAUUUCCAAAGUCCCAGAAAGAUAUUUCCCAGGGCAGUUAAACUACCUCGGCUCUAGUCACCAAGUAUGGCACAUCCUUGCAGUGGUGAUGCUGUACUGGUGGCAUCAAUCUACGGUGUACAUCAUGCAGUACAGACACAGCAAGCCUUGCCUUGACAACAGCGCACACUAGCACACCCAGAGCUUCGCUAUUGCACCGAAGUUGUGACAAUGAAUGUCCACUUGCUUCGAAUCCUCUUCACUGGGGUUGGUAUAUUGGCGGGCAUUCCCAAGACAAUUGAAUAGUUCUGCAGCAGCUACAUGCUCCUGUUCAGUUUAGGACAGCAAAACAGCUGCAGCAGGCACCCUGUAUUGGAGUACUAUAACUGGGCCAUAUAAACCCAUGGAUCGCUAUUUGAACUACUGAUGCAGAAGUGGGCUUUUGCCUUAGGACCAUGGGCAAGCUAAGGAAAUGUUCUCUAAAAUGCAUGAGAAGUUCCUGUGAUGCAUUCUCAUUCUGGGAUUUUACCUUGGAUCUUGAAAAUCCAUGUCAUCUGAUGUAACUUUUUAAUGUGUUCUGUGUCCUUGCACUGAUAAUUGCUGUUGUAAAACUUUAAAUAUGAAUUUGAUAACAGAUUUCUUUCCCUUUUCUCUAAAGGAGUAUAUGCUGCAGCUUUUCUCCAGUGGUAACUUAACAAGCGCAUCCUGUCUUUGAAAAAGUGUUGGUCUUCAUCUGUAAUUUCUGAUUCUAGGUUGCUCUUUAAAUGUAUAAUUCAUUCAGCAGUUCAUAGCCUAAGCUUAAGGCCCUUAGGCUGUCAAAAAUGUUAAAUAUUCAGAUUAUCAGGAAAAAUUGAAACGGUCACCCAACAUCCAGUUGAGAUGUGACUUCACAAAACUCCUCUGGACCAUCUUUGGGAAAAUGAUAUUUGCAUGUUGCCAAAUGUAGAGCAGCCAUUUGUGCCUGGUAGGCCUUAGUGGGGUUUUACCCCUGAACAGAGGGGCAAGGAGGUUAGUAGUCCACUGCCAAUAAGUCCAUUGUUUCAGUCAUGAACACCACCUCCCAUCUUGAACUUUCCAGCUGCCACAGCUCAGCAAACUGGUAUGAAUGCACAGCAAGAGAGCCAUGGGGGAGGUAACUAAGUUGCCACACUUCCCCAGCUCGGGCUGUAGACCUUUGCAACAUUAAUACAGAAGUGGAAGAGAGAAUUGGUCUGCAAGGCAAUGUAUGCUGCGUAAGGUGCACUUUGCCUCAACCAGCAGCAUUUAAAUUUCUUUAAUAAUGAAGUAUUAUUAUUUGCUCCUGCUCCUGCUUUGUCACAGAGAAAUAGGCAGGGUCUCAAAAGGCAAGUCUGCAGUACAUGCAGUUGUGACCUGAGUUUAGAUUUCAGAAAACAGCUUUUUAUAAAUAAGAACUUAUUUUUAAUGUAUAGGGUAUAAUAAUCUAAAUAUCAAACCCUGUUUACUUUUGUUAAGUAUGCAUUACUGUAUGCUUUUUAAAUAGGAAGCCUCAAGAUAUAAAGGGAGGCUUGGUAGCAAUCUGAAAGUUCGUCAACUGUAGGGGAAAAUGACUUUCAAUUUCAGAUCAGUACUCCCCAUCCCAAAGAGGGGCUUUUUUGCUUUGCAAGGCUGGGGCUGAGAAGGCAGCUGGAGUACCAAAGAGACUUGGGCAGAGGAGCUGUGCAUACACAUGAAUGUAAGGUAUGUGGAACAUUCCUACAGGGAGUAUGUAUAAGUUUUAAAGGCAGUGUGUACAGUGGUGAUGGAAAAUGUGUGACUCUGACUACCAUGUUCUGCAUAGCCAGACCAGAAGAUUCUAAGUAGCAGGGUGUUUUUCUUUAAAAAAAAAUGGAUUAGUACUGAGCUGAGGCCUUAUGAAGCCUCUCAGUAAUUGAGCCAAGAGUUUGUACACUGAUGUGAGGCAAUAGCUGAACUAGAAUCCCCUGUGAGUUAUGUGAGUAACUGGAAGUAGAGUGUCAUGUUAGCAGCAGACUUGCAUCUUACUCUGCCCCUUACAAACUCCAAGCAAAGAACUACACAUUUGCUUUUCAAUUCCAACCCUGCCUUCUUAAAAUCUUCCAAACUUUGCAUUUUGCUUUUUAAUUGCUGAUCAUUCACACCAGUGUGACUAACAUGGAGCAGUGGAAUUUCUGCUUCAUUGUGAAUUGGGGGGGGGCGCUCUUCUGACCCCUUUUCCCUUAUUACAAACAUAGUCUCAAAGUGCCAAUACGACAAGCCUUCUAUUCCUGACCAGAAUAUAAAAAGACUACAGCUAUUGGUCUGUUGCCAGAGUGGAGACUACUACUUCAAAAAUAGGUUGGGAUAGCCUUCUGACAUUAGACUGACAAAACAAUUUUGAAUUUGUAUAAUAGUUUAGACUUUUACGCUUAUGUUGUGAAGAGGCCAGCGGUGCAGUUUCUUCUACCAUAAUGUACCUUACUGAACACUCCGUAUAGCUACUUUCAACAUAAGUGAAAAGCAAUGCCACAUGGCAGCUUUGCUUUCUUGAGCAGAAAAUUAAUGCUACCAAUAGUAAAGGCUGGCUGCAUUCUUCCCUCAAGCAUCUUUAACAUCUGCCUAUAUAGACACAGGUCUUGAAGUAAAGACCGUUUCCCUUUAGUCAGAGGGUUGUUAAAGAUCACCAUUCAACUGAACGUAAAAUAGAGAAUCGUGACCUGUUCCUUGGUUCUAAAAGCAAAAUUAAUGUGCUUUUGAAAGAGAAAAAAAAGCAAGUUUUUGUUUACAGCUUGUAGAAUUACUUGGAUUCUUUUUAGACUUAAACACUUGUUUUUAUUUUGACAUUGUCAUUUCUUAAGGAUUCUGAUAGGAUUUAAAUGUUUAGUGAUACAAGCAGAAGACGCAUUUUCUGUUAAAUGUUAAGGUUGAUUGAAUGCCAGUGAUGGCUAUACAUCAAAAUCUUUUGUAAAUACCUGCUUAUGCAUGUAGUCUGUUUUAAUAUUUAUUUUAAAAUUGUGAAUGUAUAGAUGAGCUGCUCUUAAUAAGAGUUCUUCAGAAGCAGAAUGAAAAUGGUAAAAACAGUAUUAUAGAUUUUUUGCCUCAAAACUGUAAACUUUCCCUAGUAAUGUUGCCCAUCAGCCAAGCAAAUGCAUACUAAUACCUGCUGUAGGAGCCUGACUUAACUACAAACCUUCCUGCAAGCAUGGAAUCUAAACUUUAGAUGAAUCACUAGUUAGUGCUUCUGUGUGCAAUUUUUUAAAAAUUUCCUCUGCCCAUUUUCAGCCUACAUGUACAAAGGAAAGUCACUUAAGUGCAAUUUAAUCAGGUUGCACAGUAUGUUAUUAAUAUUACCUAUGUAAAUAAAAGUUUGUGACAAAUGGA